UGUGUUCUGCUUAAUAUGGCUCCUAACCUGUGCUCCUAACGUGUCUCAGCCGUAGAUUAUUGAAAAAUCAUUUGGACCAACAUCUAUAGAGAAAUGAUGGCGAGAAAAGGCGGAUUGGCGAAACUGGAUGUUGCUGUUUUAAGCCCUGAGCAGCAGGAGAAACUGCGACAGUUCAAGAUCAAGACGAGAAUCGACAACGAGCAGUAUUUGAGGUCGCAUCCAGAAGUGGAGCUACUGAUAGGCGACUUUCUAAGGGAUGUGCUUCUUAAAAGGCCUGCUGAUAUCUGUGAAUUUGCUUCAGAUCAUUUCACCAACCCAAACCUUCAUGCAACUAUUGGCUCCAAAAUUGAAGAGAACAGUGUCAAUGAGUGAAACACACCCAAUAGUCAUAGCUUUGCAAUUUUUCUUUGUGUCUUUCUCUGUACACAGAAACAACUAAGAUGCGAAUAAGUUUUUGUCUGUCUGCAAAACUGGUCAGUUUAUAGCUUCAUUAUCAGAUCGCUAUCGCAGGAAGCCAACUAACUGGGAAGAUGGUAACGGCCAUUCCUAAUGAGUGUAAUUAAAGGUUAAUGAGAACAGGAUGUCCUGUGGGUAUUACGCACUGUUUGUCACAUCACCCACAUGAUUAUGUUGGGACAUAUUGAAGAGUUAAUUGUGGCCCAUGUAAUGAAACCAGGAUCACAUAUUGCAAUCUGCAUUCAUCUGAAUGGCUGUGUCCCCUUAACUAUAUGGAUUACUUAAAACAUAUCUUAUGAAGGGCCAGAGAGGUUGACACCAGUUCAGAUUUAAUAUUUACACCAUUCAUUUAUUUAAUGAUAAAACUAUUUUUUUUUUAAAAUCUUUCUUUUUUUAAUUCAUGGUCCAGUGAUAUCUCUAAUUCUUUUCAUUGAGGUGAUAUUUGUGCUUUUUUAUAUACUGUACAUAUAUUUUUUUUGGUUGCAUUGAAAUAUUUGAUACGCAUCUGUAUAGACAAUGAAAUUAUACAUUGCAAAAGCAAAGGAUUAAACUAAUUAAUGAAGCACAUGUUUAUAGAGUCACAGUCACAUAUUACAAGAGGUGAAUUUUUGAUUGAUGAUUGAUAACCUUGUUUCUUUUGGAGAAAAUUGACUUUGUGUUUCUAGAGAGAAGUGAUCUCCUCAGUGUCUUUGUCAAAUUUAUCAUCUGUCAUCCAUUACAAUAACUGCAUGUUAGCUUGGGCAGUGGCCAAGCUUUCUCCAUGGUGAGUAGAGCUUUUACUUUGUAGUUAUCCUGCUUUGUUUGUUGUUUUGUUUUGGCUAUGUAAUUGUGUCUGGACAAUGCAGCACUGCAUUGGGUUGUGGUGUUUGGGUUUUAUCAGCCUAUUCAUCUUUUCCAUCCACCCAUGUUUGCUUGGAGCAUGGUGUACUGCAAUGGACAGCACAACGGAAUCCUGUGCUCUACAAAAAAAAAAUGUUUGUUUGUCACAAUACUAAUGAUGGACUGAUGAAACUAAGGUUGAAUUGUUUUGGAAGAACAUCGAUCACGAUUUGGGGUUUUGCUGCCUCCGGGCCUGAACAGGUCAACAUUAUCAAAGAAAAUUAAUUCCUAAAUUCAUCAAGGUAUUUUACAGGAUAAUGUCAGGGUGUCUGUCCACCUGUUGAAGCUGCAGGAGGAGUUGGGUGAUGCAGCAGGACAAUG